GCAUUUCCAGGCAGCAGCCAAUGGCGAGUAAGGUGGAAAGUCCCGGCUGAGGUCGUGUUUAUGUGCGGCCAUUAUAGGGGGACAGAGCUGUCACCUGUCACUUGUGGAGUGACACCUGACUGGGGACAUCACAUGUCUGUGUAGAGGCUGGGGAGCCGCCAUGGACGGUGACAGGAUGGACAGUCUGGAGGGCUGGGUGGCCGUGCGGCCCAACCUCUUCCAGGAGCCGGAGCGCUACAAGAUGGGCUUCAUCGUGGCCUGGAACCAGGUGGACGGCAAGUUCGCGGUGACCUGUCACAACCGGUCAGCGCAGCGGAGGAAGCGGCUGGAGGGGGAGGACGGGGAGCAGAGCAGCUGGGCCGGGCUGUACAGCGUGCAAGACCUGGAGCACAUCCACCGGCAGCUGAGCUCGGUGUGCGGCCGCCUGCAGCCCUGGUUCCCCAGCUUCCCGGCCCAGCAGCCGGCGGGGAGCCUGUGGACGCUGCUCUUCCCCCAUGCCCCGUCCUGGGAGGGCAGCUCGGAGGACCUGGACGCGCUGUGCCGGGCCCUGGAGGCCUACCUGGGCGCCGCCAUAGAGGAGUGUGGCCGCCAGAUCGUGCUGGACGUGCUGUUCCCGGAAGACGUGGAAGACGCCGAGAAGUACUUCGAAAACCUCCACGAAUUCCGCAAGAAGAGCCUGGAGGAGCAAGUGUCCCGUGCCAAGGAGAGCCUGCGGACGGUGCGGAUCCUUCAUCAGCACAAAAAUGCAGAUAAAAUGAUGUCUUUACUGAAAGUUUAUGUGGAAGAAGAUGAAGCCUUCACAGAGUUGGUUACCGUGGCAACCCAGUUCCACCUCUACUUGCUGCAGCCUUUCAGGGACAUGCGAGAGCUGGCAAUAUUGUACAAGCUGGAAAUCCUGAAAUCAUUGGAAGUAGAUGAUUUAGGCCCAAAACGCAUAGAGGCUUUGCAGAAGGAGGCUGAUAAAUGGAACACAACGGCAGAAGAGGCAGAGCGCUCCAUACAGAAUAUAACUGUGAAUUAUUUCAAGGAGACUUCAAAAGCACUGGCUGCAAUGCAAAAACAGAUGGAGCUGGAUGGAAGGAGAUUUGGACAAGCCACAUGGGCCUCAGCAGUGCCUAGAUUGGAGAGGAUCAAGUCUAUGUUGGCAAAGGAAAGUCUUCAGCAUAUGCGAUCGAAGGGGCUGUGCCUGAAUCAGAAGAGGGCUGCUAUCAAGCAAAGUAUGGAGAACCUGAGUAACUCUGAUGGGGUCAUUGCAUGCUUGGAUCGGCUGGAGUUGCAGUACUAUGAGACUCAGCUAGAAUUAUAUGAUGUUCAAUUUGAAAUAUUGAAACAUGAAGAAAUGUUGCUCAUAGCGGAACUAAACACGCUACGGAGGCAAAUGAAAGAAAAAGAAGAGGAGGUAGUCUAUUAUGACACGUGUGAAGAUCCUCAGGAACUGCAGACCUUUGAGCAGUCCAGUAAUGGUGCAACAUACACAAUGCUCAGAAGAAAGGCGCAGCAGCUCGAGUCAAAACGGGGGAAUAUCUGUUCAAGACGAGCAUUACUGAGGAACAAAAAAGAUCAGUGCAUAGAGACACAAGAGCUUAAGCGUCAGCAGUACCAGGAAACACAGAGGCGGCUUCAGCAGCAUCAUUUUGUACAGAUGAAAAGAGACAAGAAAAAAGAAGAGGAGAAAAAGAAAAAAGAAUGGGUUGAUCAAGAACGUCAAAAAGCACUACAGAGAUUAAAAAGCUUUAAAGAUAAAAAAGAAUCUCAUGUUGUACUGAAAACCUCUCGAAUGCAGUCACAUGUACCCAGUAACUCCAUGGGGAGCUUAAAACCUCCUAAGGAAGCCAAGGGGCCCACAAGUGGUUCAGCAGACAUCCCUGACCAGAUCCUUGUUCAGAGAGGAAAUUCUGAGUGUAGAUGGUCCAGUGAUGACCCCUCCAAGCAAGAUCAUUUUCCACCGCAACCUGUUGUUCCUCCACCACCUCCUCCUCCUCCUCUUCCUCCUCCUCCAACAGCACCUCCCCCUCCCCCUCCUUUACCAUCACAGACUUUGCUGCUGGGUAAUCCAGCUCACAUACCUCAUUCAUCUAAGACUCAAAAACUUCAUGAACAUCAAGUGUUGAUAGGUGAAAAUCAAACUACUCCAGAAAAAUUAAAAGCCAAUUUUAAUCAACACUCAGGUUCCAUGGAAGAGGUGUUGGCAUCGUUGAAACGAAGUGAGAACCUCCUCCGCAGGGUGGAACCACCUCGGCCUUCAGUCACCAGUACAAGAGACAGUAUUUUAAUGGCUAUAAGACAAGGAGUAACACUGAAGAAAGUGCAGAAGGAUCCUGUGCCUAAAGGGCCUGAAAAUGAACUGGAGCAGAGUAUAAGAGCAGCGAUGAUGCGGAUGAAAAAAGUAUCUGCCGACUCCGAUGAUGAAGAGAAGAGCGAAUAUAUUAGUGGGGAUUGGGACAGUUAAGGGGAUACACACUGCUACCAGAUUUAUGAAGAUUGACUUUACUUUUUAUGCUUAUCUCACAAUCUUCUAUGCUGGUUUUGUGACAUCACAUAGUCACAGGCAAUCAUUUUAAUGAUCAGAAGAAAAUCACAGUAUACUAGCAUCAUAACCUCUAUGGCUGACAAAACAGUAUUGCCCUUCUAGUAGAACUCCCUCAAAGGUCAAACAUGUUGGGAGAAUAUGGGGGUCAUUUAUCAAAUGUGUAAAGUAGAACGGGCUUACUUGCCUAUAGCAACAAAUCCGAUUCCUCCUUUCAUUUUUCACGGCUCCUUUGGAAAAUAAAAGGUGGAAUCUGAUUGGUUGCUAUGGGCAAAUAAACCAGUUCUACUUUACACCAGUUUGAUAAAUCUUCCCCUAUGUUCUUAAAUGUCCAUUCACCUCUGAUAUGCCUUUAGCCAGAUAUUAACAGGUGUAACAUGGAUAGCACUAGAGUCUUCCUUAAUUUCUACAUAUGAAAUGCACUGGAAAUAUUUUAAUUAAUAAUUAAUUUAGAUACCUUCAUGCCUUGAUUAUAAAUGUAAAGUCUACAUUAAAAGGCCACUUAAUACAA